GGGAACGACGACGAUAAAAAGAAAAAAUAAGAGUUUGCAGGACAAUUCUCUUAACAGACGCUCAUUUAUAAUGCACAAUAUACGAGAUAACCACAAGAGAAUUCUUAAGAGGGGGGUGGUCCCUGCCAAUGUACUACCACUCAGUUCACCCACCUACGCAGAUACGCCAGUAGAGAGCCAGGGAGCCCAGACAGCCCAGGAAGCCCAGGCUGCAAAUAACCCCUUAGAGGCCUCGUCAGCCGCCUCACCAGAGCCUUCUCCAGCCGUCUCUCCGCCCCCGGAGAACAACAGCCCUCAGAAGACACCACCAGCAAGCAAUACGGCAGACAACACACCAUCAUCGUCAUCCACACCAUCUUCUUCUUCUACCCCGUCAUCCUCAUCCUCCCAAUCAUCCUCGCCAUCAAGCCAGGAUUCUAGCCCUUCGGUGUCAUCAGAUUCCAAUACUGACGAUCCAGUGUCAUCCUCUGAAAAGGCUCCAAAUAACUCAAUCUCAAGCUCACCAGAGCAUGCUAAUGCAAGCUCUUCAAAUGGAAUCUCUGGUGGUGGUAUAGCUGGUAUUUGCGUCGGUAUAGCCGCAUUAUUGGCCAUCCUCGCCCUCAUUUUGUUAGUAAUAAUGAAGAGACGCAAAAGACAGACAAAGACUCAACAAAGAAGCUCUAGAAUGCAGUUCAUGGGCAAUAGAGCAGCUGUCGCACAGUCUAACGCUAGUUUCGGCGGUGGACCAUUUGUAAACGAUGAGAAUGUUGCACAGCCAAUUCCCCAGGUUCCAGUUGGAGCUGCACCUGGUGCUGCUGGAGAUAUCCCUGAACGCUCAUCUACUUUCAUACCUAUGCCAAUUGCUAUCACACAAGGACAGGAAGCUACUGCUACUACUCAAUUCGUACCAAGUCUCCCAGAUGAAGUCAUGCUCAGUCCAGGCGAUAAAGUCAAGAUAAUAAAGGAAUGGGAUGACGGAUGGUGCUCUAUCCAACACCUCUCUAAUGGCGUCGAGGGUGUCUGUCCUAAAGAAGUUCUCGGAGUGAUGAGCCAAGCGGACGACUUUGCCGAUACGCUCUCGGAAUUCAACAAGAGAGAGUCACUUUACAAUCCAAACGCGGAUAAGAGAAGAUCCUCGUCACUAGUGAACAGCCAACAGAAGCAGCAACUCGGAGAACUCCUUUAGGUUUUUUAUACCACAUGGAAUGGACUUUUAUUUGUAUUUUCUUCAAAACACUCUUCUCUGACUUAUUUUUUACCCUUAUAAGUUGAUUUUAAAUAUGCCUAUCUUUUGUUUUACUUUUUCAUAAUACAUACUCAGCUUUUCAUU